AUGCCGCGAAUCCUCUUGAAAGAGAGGGGUGCCUUCGGUAACACGGACACAGGUGGUGCAUGCAUGUCGUCAGCUUGUGCUGUAAGGUGUUAUACUGCCGGUGAUAAGCCGGAGGAAGGUGAUGAUGACGUCAAGUCAUCAUACCAGUUAUGCCCUGGGCGACAGACGUGCUACAAUGGUGGGGACAGAGGGUCGCGAUCUCGUGGGGGUAACCAUACGAUGGUGAAUUCAUUCCCGGGCCUUGUACAAACCACCCGUCACACUAUGGGAGCUGGCCAUGCCCGAAGUCGUUACCUUAACCGUAAGGAGGGGGAUGCCGAAGGCAGGGGUAGUGAAAUCGUAACAAGGGCUCUCAGCCACAUGGAUACUUCAAUGUGCUCAUCGGCGCCUGAACCUAAGAUAUGGAUCAUCCAAGGCACAUUAGAGGAUAGAUGGGGUGAUUUGGGUGAGAUCUAAUGUAGAUCCAACUUUUGAUUCACUCGUGGGAUCCGGGCGGUCCGGGGGGGACCACCACGGCUCCUCUCUUUUUAA